AACCUUUGGACCAGUGGGAGGAAUGAACAAUGAGAAAGUGAGCAUGUUCAUGGAUCUAGUGGAUGGAGUGUUCCUGCAUAAAAUUAUGUUACAAAUAGACCCAAGGCCAACAAAUCAAAGAGUCAACAAACACGUCAACAAUGAUGUCAACUUGCGUGUUCAGAACCUGACUAUAUUAGUCAGACAUAUAAAGAAUUACUACCAGGAGUGUCUGCAGCAGUUGGUGGUGAUGAGUUUGCCACAUGUGCUAAUGAUUGCAAAAGACCCCCUCUCAGGAAAGAGCAUGGACGAGAUGAAGAAGGUGCUGUUACUCAUGCUGGGAUGUGCCGUCCAGUGUGAACGAAAGGAGGAAUUCAUCGAAAGGAUCAAGCAGCUGGACAUUACAACUCAGACGGCCAUCGUUGCUCACAUCCAAGAGAUCACUCAUAACCAGGAGAACGUGUUUGAUCUUCAGUGGAUGGAACUGACUGAGAUGCCUGCAGAAGAUCUGGAGACUCUAUCUAGGUCAAUGGUCUUCCAUCUGAAGAGACUUCUUGAAGACAGGGAUGAGUACUCGGAGGUAAUUGUAGAGCUCACCCAAGAGCGGGACUACCUACAGACUCAGCAGCAGCUCCCAAGUUCCGUCAAGUCCUCCAGUUCUGAAUAUUCAACCAGUCCUAAUGGGAAACUCAGCAAGGAGGAGAAGCAGCACCUUGCAGUGGACCUGGCCGACACAAAGGCAAAACUCAGGAGGAUCAGACAAGAACUGGAAGAAAAGGCCGAGCAGCUCGUUGACUCCAAACAUGAAGUGGAACGGCUUGACCUGGAGUUACAGAGGUUACGACAAGAGAAUAUGCAGUUGACUACAGAGGCCCGCUCAGUGAGAGCGUAUCGGGAUGAGCUGGACUCACUAAGGGAGAAAGCAAGCCGGGUCGACAGGCUGGAGAAUGAGCUCAUAAGGUGCCGAGAGAGGCUACAUGAUGUGGAUUUCUACAAGGCCAGAAUGGAAGAACUCCGCGAAGACAAUAUAGUCUUAAUUGAGACCAAGACGAUGCUGGAAGAACAGUUGAUUAUAGCCCGGGCCCGGUGCGACAAGCUGCAUGACUUGGAGAAGGAGAAUCUGCAACUCAAAUCAAAACUACAGGACCUUGAAAUGGAUCGAGAGGCUGAUCGGAAACGCAUUGAAGAGCUCCUGGAAGAGAACAUGGUGCUGGAAAUUGAGAAGAAACAGAGCAUGAACGAGUCUGCACACCUGGGCUGGGAGCUGGAGCAGAUGUCAAAGAGCACCGACCUCCUGGAUGCAAGUCGCAAGUCAUUUGUGCUCGAGAUGAAUGAGUCUGCAUCAAGCCGGAUCCUGAAGCUGGAGAAGGAGAACCAGAGUCUGCAACAUGAUGUUCAGGAGCUCCACCAAGCUCUACUGGCAGUGGAAGAAAGCAAUGCCAGAAUUGUGGAGCUGGAGAAAGAGACCGAGCUUCUCAACAUAAAGGUGCAGCAACUGCAAUCCGAACUCGAUUCAGAGAAACAGAGUAACCAAGACAUAGGCCACCUGACUGAGGAGCUUCUGCAAGACAAAACCCAGUUAAAGGAAAGCAUGGAGACUCUCCGAGCUGAGAAGGAGAGACAGGUGAAGGAGUUGGAGGAGGAGAACGAACACUUAAAGCAGACAGUCUGUUCACUCAGGCAGCGUUCUCAAAUCAACGCAGAUGCUAGGGUGAAGGACGUGGAGAAGGAGAACAAAAUCCUUCAUGAGACCAUCACAGAGACUAGCAGCAAGCUGGCCAAACUGGAGUUUGAAAAGAAACAAGCUCAUAAGGAGCUCCUACACUACAAAGAGAAGGAGGAAAAGGCAGAAGAACUGGAGAAAGAUGUUCACAAACUUGAGCAGGAGAAUGAGCAACUUCAGAAGCAGGUGGCUUCCUUGAAGAUCACGUGUGAGAAUGUUGGGGCCCUUGAGCAGGAGAAUUCAAACCUCGAGUUGGAGAAUAGCAAACUCAAGAAGUCCCUCAACAGUUUGCAGAAUGUGUCGAUCAAGUUGGAGAGUGUAGAGAAUGACAAUAAGCAGUUAGAUGAGGAGAACUUGGAGCUGAGGAGAAUGGUGGAGACGUUAAAGUUCACAAGAACAAAACUGAUCAAAGUGGAAAUGGAGAACCGGGAACUGGAAAAGGAGAAGGAUGAAUUGAGGAAAAGUGUGGAACUGUUGAGGGCCUCGACUCGGAAAUCGGAACGAUUGGAAAUUAGCUACCAAAGUCUGGAUUCGGAAAACCAGAGGCUUCAGCAGUCCCUGGAUAACAGCAACACCAAGAUCCAGCAACUCGAGAAGGAGCUGCAGGACACCGAGAACGAGAAUCACGUUCUACAGAAGAAUCUGGAGGAGCUGAAGGUCUCCAGCAAAAGGCUGGAGAAGCUAGAAAGGGACAACAAGGUGUUGGAGCACGAGGCUGCACAAUUGGAAAAGGACAAGAAGACAUUGGAUAAAGAGAACAAACGUUUGUGGCAGCAGGUGGAACUGAAAGAUGCAAUCCUGGAUGAGAAUAGCCUAAAACUCUCGAGCAUGGAGAAGGAAAAGAGAACACUAGAAAAGGAAGUGGGCAAGUACAAGGAAACCACAAGCAAGGUGAAGGAACUGGAAGUUGACAAUAAAGAACUGUUCAAACAAGCUACAAUUAACAAGAGGACACUCGCGACACUGAGAGAGGAACUUGUCCAUGAGAAACUCAAGAGCCAGCAGCUCUCCAAUGAAUUGGAAAAGCUUAAUCAGGAGUUGGAGAAAAUUGGUCUAACCAAAGAGAGACUUCUACAAGAGGAACACAACAGCGAUGAUAACAAAUACAAGAUCCUGGAGACCAAGAUCGAAUCUACACUGAAAAAAACACUAGAGAUUAAAGAGGAGAAGAUUCAGGCACUGGAAUCUCGACUGGUAGAGUCUAGCAACCUAAACCAGCAACUGCGCACCGAGCUGAGCACGGUGAAGUGGAAUCUGGAAGCUACACUGCAGCGUCAGGAUGAAGAAAGGCUGGCGACCAAUUCCCUCCCAAACCGCCUCCAGAAUUCCCGGUCUCAGAGCACAGAGAAAGAAAAGUGGGAGAAGGUAAACAGGCAGACCACCUUGGAGCUACUGAAAGUGAAGGACAACAUCAUCGAGGUGGAGCGGAACAACGCAGCAUUGCAGGCGGAAAAAGAGCUGCUGAAGGGCCAGCUGAAGCAGCUGGAGGCACAGAACAGUGCAGUCAACUCCCAGAUAGUCACCCUGCAGCGGCAGACUGCAUCUCUACAGGAACAGAGCACCACCCUUCAGAUACAGAAUGCCAAGCUUCAGGUGGAGAAUUCGACCUUAAAUUCCCAGGGUGCGGCUCUGAUGGGCCAGAACGCUUUGCUGCAGAACCUGCAGUCUAACCUGGAGACCGAGAACGAAAACCUGACCCGGCAGAAGGAGGAGCUGAAGGCCACGUACGACUCGCUGCUUCAGGACCACGAGCGGCUGAUGGCGCUGAACGAGCGCCAGUCUGCCGAGUGCGAGACGCUAAUCGGCCAGCAGGCAGGCUUGAAGACGGCGUACAGGAGCCUGGAGUCCCAGCAAAAAAACUUGGAGGAAAGGUACGUAGGUCUGCUGAAGCAGAAGAAGGAGAUGGAGGAGAUGGACUCCACACUGAGAGCCCAGCAAGAGGAUCUGCAGCAAGAGACCAAGAGGAGUGCGGCCAUUGCAGAGGAGAACAGACAGCUGCAGACUGACCUGGACAGGUUGAGAUCGAUGAAUGCACAGUUGAAGGAGGAGUACGAUGGGCUGCAGACCCACACCAAGGAGUGCAAGAGCGCCCUGAACACCACAGAACUGGAACUGGCGAGGUGGCAAGCUGAGUACCACAGCUUAAAGGAGCAGAAUCAAACCCUGGACAUCUCACACACCAAACUGGACAAUCACUGUGAGCUUCUGACCCAGCUGAAGGGAAACUUGGAGGAAGAGAACCAUUAUUUGCUGAGUCAAGUUCAGGUGCUGAAUCAGCAGAACCAAAACCUCCUCGAGCAGUCCAUGGAGAGCAAGGAACACUACCACGAGGAACAGAAGCGGUAUAUAGAUAAGUUAAAUUCCCUUCGAAGGCAAAAAGAGAAAUUGGAAGAGAAAAUAAUGGACCAGUACAAAUUCUAUGAACCAACCCAGAAAAGGAAGAGUAACUGGGUGGCUGCGAAAGCCCUCGCAAAGUUCAUGAAACCCAAGAAGGACAGUGCCAAGGAACGUCUGAAAUUCGUUGCUGAGAGCCAGGCUCACCAGCCAGAGGUGACAGAAGUGACAGUGGCUCCAGCUCCUUCUCGGGCACAUAGAGCAAGUCUCGACAACUCCUCGCUGGGAUCUGUCUCGCUAGAGGAAAACGGACUGAGUCCAACCAGUAAAGUCGCCAGCGAUGGACAGAAGCAGAGGGAGCUCUCGGGGAGUGCAGGCCACUCCAAGAGCCCGAGCCCAGAUGGCACCCCUGCAGCUCACCUUCGCCGUGUUGAGCUGGGAGCCAUGGCGUAUUCCACCUCCGCCAUCCACCUCACCGCCUCAAGCUCCACCCCCACCUUCAGCUACAGGCGACAAGUCCGAAGCAAAGGUUUUAACUCUGAUGACGAUCUCCGGACUCAGUCACUUGAAGUGGAGUUUCCCAAUAAUGGGAGUGCAAGCCUGGAUCCUAUUGAGAGCAGACUGGAGAGCUUCAGGAGUGACAACCAACGAGUGUCUAGUCAAGACCUUGGAGCUGGCCCCAAAGAAAACUAUCCUUAUUGUUCCAGUUCGGUUUUGCUUGCUGGCAGUAAAUCGGACCCCAUGAUAUCACAGAGGAGGCCAGGAUCCUACAGCACGCUACAGAGGGUGAAGGAGAGCCAUCCUCCCAGCCGCCCCAGGGCAUCCUCACCUGGCAGUGAAAUGGUGACAUUGGAGGAGUUUCUACAGGAGAGUGGGCAGUCGCCAAACAACGUCAGCAUUCGGGAUGACUUACUGAGUGAUUACUUCAGGAAGAAAAGUGAGCCAUCUAUGAUUAGCGAGCACCCUAACAGAAAGGAGGCAGCGAAAAUGCCGACUAGUUAUGUGUCCCCCAUUGCAAAGAACACUCUUGAUUCGGUGGAUGGGAGAGUCCCCAAGCCUGGGCAGUAUGUGAGACCGAACCCGCGUCCAACUGUAGCUCAUGCACAGUCCAGCUCCUCCCUGGCCUCACCCCGCUUGACGAUUCCUGGUCACAGUAGCACUCUCAAGGCACCCAAACCAAGGGAGAAAGCAGGACAACCCCAGCACCCACCUCUUGGGAACACUAGAAGCUGCCCGCUCACUCGGGCAUUUAGCCUGGCAUCGGCCGACACACUGAGACCCAAUGGUCCCGACAGGCAAGAGACGCAGCACAGGCUGGUGAUGGACAAUCCUCCGCUGAGCAGGGACAAUGGGAAGAGCGGCUGGAAAUCUACCGGUGAUUGCAGAAGUGGCGGGGCACCGUCUGUGCUGCACGAGAGGCCGCAGUCCGCCAGGGUCCUGAGCUCCAACCCGAUGGUCAAUAUCAGCUGCCGGACCUUAGAUCCCAGGCGUCUCUCCCUGGCUCCCCCAAAAGACGAGAAAUGCCUCCCGAUCCUGCAGCACCCUGUCAGCGGCCUCAGAAAUGGCGGAGGCCCAGGCUCCUCGCCCGGUAAGCCCAGCGCCCAACCGGACAAACUCGGUGUGCCCGGCUCACACUACUCUCCGGCCCACUCUCCUGCCGAGCGCAAGACCAUGGUCCGCUGUGGCGAGGUGGCCCUGGUGUCUCCCGUGAGGGCGGUUUCUCAUCAAAGCGAUGAGCAGAAAGGUCGGGGUCAUAGGCCGUGUGAAGAUUUGGACACUAGCCCCCAGAGCAGAUCUCCAGAAUAUAGCAAGGCCACGGCUGGCACUGAAGACCCAAGUAAAAGGAACAGCGGUGGAGCCAAAAAUGCCCCAGCAUCUCCUGAGGCCAGUGGUGAUCAGCAGACUGUGUGGUACGAGUACGGGUGUGUGUAAAAAAAACCUUUCACACUGUACUGUUCCACAGGAUAACUCAGCUCCUUUAUCAGUUCAAACACAAAAAAAAAAACUCUGAAUUCCUAAUAUUGAAAGGACAAAAAUGGGGUUUACUCAAACACCAUGUGAACACAAAAAUAAUCUGCACUCGGGGUUAGAUCAGAUUGAUUUGUUUUUUUUUUAAUUCACUUUUGAGAUUUGGUUUAAGUAAAACCAUUUUGGGGAGUUGGGCAGCACAGAACUUUCAGAACAAAUGCCUCACAAUGAGUCAUCUUGGACUGUUUGCGUGACCGUUAAUGUGUUUGCAUUUCAUUCCUCUAUUUGCUGUUUAACAGAGGCAUUACCUGGUUCUAUUUUACUCUGGUUAGCUUUUAUUAAGGUAGGCAAGAAAGGAAUUUUAUACAAAGCAUUCACAUGCUUAAUAUUUGAAGAGUUUAGCUUCCAGGCAAAUAUCAUUGACUUUGCUCCAAAUUUUUUCCCAGAUAAACAUACGUCACAGAAGGGGGACAUUUGGCCCAUCGUGUUAUGCCAACCCUUUGGAAGAAUUCUUUCCUUAUAACUUUGCAAAUUUUUCCAUUUCAGGUACUUUCCAAUCCCAACUUUACCAUUGGACCUACUUUCAUUUUUUUCAGGCAGAAUAUUCCAAAUCCUUCUUCCCCCCCCACCACUCUCUCUUUAGUCAGUUGCCCUAAAUGUGUCAUCUGGUUACCAACCCUCUUGCCAGUAGAAAUGUUUUCUCAUUAUUUCCAUUAUCAAAACCUUCCUUUCUUUGACUUUCUCUCAAAGACAUGUUUGCACUCAACCCAGGAUUGUGAAACGGUGAGUUCACAGCACACCCACAGAACACAUGGACAACACUGUGGGCGCACACACACACACACACACACACACACGCUCUCAAACCGCUGUUCAAAGUCUAGCAUAGAUGUCAGAUGCAUUAGCUGCGGCAAGAUCGGAAGAACUGGGUGGAACAGAACACUAGAUGAUUACAGGAAAUGUGCAAUCCACCAUAUCUAGCUCUCCAAAAGCCACUAACCAACCAUCUUCAGAGGUCAGCAAGCAGAGAAUGCCACUGGGCGUAGGCCAUCGAUUCCAGGAAAAUCAGAAGAGAGACUGUUUUUCAAAUGCUGAACAUAUUGCCAUUUUGCUGCCCUGUAUAUACUUGGGUUUAUACUUCUGUUUCUACGCUCUGUAAAUAAAUGUAAAUGAAGAGAAUGCAUUGGCACUGAUACCAGAUUCUUUAUUGCAUUGUUUAUCCUGAAAUCCUGCACGAUUUUUGUUUUUACUUAAUGAUGGAGUAUAAAAUGCACAACUCAAUGAACUGCUGCCUCUGCACACAGUAACUGGAGCCAAUGCUUUAAUCUCGGGUUUCUACCAUAAGCAUUCUGUGUAAUUGGUGACAGUCUUGAUUAUAUCUUGUAUUGUUCUGGUUUCCUUUCAUUUAAGUUUUGCAUUUUUUGCGCUGGGAAAGGAAACUAUUCCAAUUAUGUAGAUGUUUUCUCCAAGUGAUUGUCAAUUGAUUUUUUUAUUGUUAAUUUACAUUCGAACCAAAUUUGGGAUUAAAUAGGAACAUUGGAAAAGUAAGAGGGCAAAUUUAGCCUGCUGGUUUCUGUUCCCUCAUUUUUUUUUUAAAAAAGCCCCUACUUACUUUGGAAGAUGGUCUUAAUCUGCUUAUUGAGAAGGGGUGAUGAAUGAUUGACUGAAUGUUCUUGCAUGUUGUAAGAAUCUAAUGAGCUUUGAGUUCUCUGAGAAACAGAAACUGGCCGUGUGUUGUACAUUUCCUUUUGUAGAUAAGGUUUGGAAGAUGGACCUUGAUGUAAUUUAUUUUGUCAAUAUUUACUGGCCUUGGAGAUAAAGCUUGAUGGAGUAUAAAUUGAAAAUGUAUUUUUUAACCUAACAUUUAAAUCUUUGUAAUAAACAUCAAGAAAUC